GUUUGGGGUUCGUGUGUUUUUAACGUUGUUGUUGUUUGUAUGUGUUAAUGCAGUCGUGGGUGUUUACGGUGUGGUUAGCGUGUUCAUAAACAACUGAUUUGUGCACGAUUUAACCUGUUAGCGCAUCUAAAACAGUAAUCAUUACUCUGCUGUCACAGCGUGAAGGUUUGAGAUGUGUGACUGAAUAAGCAGCAUGGCCCAGCGCUGGACAGGGGGCCACACAGGUCCUGUCCUAUGCAUCGGGGCUGCAGCAGAAGCCGAGGGUAUUUUGGCCUCCGGAGCUGAAGGUGGCGAGGUGAUGGUGUGGACGCAUGAAGGGACACUCGUCUCCCAGCUGUGUUUAAACUCCAAGGAAGACGUCACGUGUACGGUUUUCUCCCCAACGUCGCCAGGACUUUUGUAUGUGUCUCAUGGUGAGACGGUCAGUGUCUUCGACCCACGCAGUCUGAAGGAGCCGGUGAAGGAAUUAAAGAAUGUAGGAGAGGACGAGAUCAACUCGCUUUCAGUGAACGAAACGGGCGUCUCCCUGGCACUGGCUGAUGAUUCAGGGGCCGUUAGGGUGGUGGACCUGCAGACGGAUAAAGUGAGCCGAACGUUGCGUAAACACACCAACAUCUGUUCGUCUGUGGCGUUCCGACCCCAAAGACCACAAAGCCUUGUGUCUGCAGGUCUGGACAUGCAGCUGAUGUUGUGGAACCUGCAGAAAGCUCGGCCUAUGUGGACCUUCAGCCUGCAGGAGGCUCUGGAGGAAGAAGAGGACGCACAGUCGAAACCCGGCCAACUCUUCAACCCACCACUGGCUCACUGUAUCAGCGUGGCGUCGUGCGGCAACGUGUUCGCGUGCGCUGCCGAGGACGGCCGUGUCCACCUCGCCCGGGUGGGCUCCGGCUCCAGGCUCCAACACCACUCCGCUUUUAAGGCUCACAGCCAGGGCGUCUCGCAGACCCACUUUCUCAACUUCAUGCCCCAUCCUUACUGGCUGGCUACCGGAGGGAACGACGGCGUGGUGGCGCUGUGGGAUAUCGGCCAGGAACCCGUAGUGGCAGGAGGGGUUCAAGAGAAACCCCAGCGCAGAAAGACGAAAAAUAAGAAGGCGAAGUCCGAGAAGGUGGAAGAGGGAAAGAAAAGUGAGGAAGAACUUCCGAAGGAGACGGAUCAGAAGAGCUGCACAAAGACGGGACUGAAAAUGAAGUUUAUUCACGAGGAGAAGGUGAACUGGGUGUGUCCGGCUCGGCUGAAAGGCCGGCCGAGUUUGCUUGUGGCAGACCAGAGCGCCGGUUUAUCUGUCUAUUCUCUGGCUGAAUUAUAGCAUUUAGCAUCCAGCGGAACGUUUCAGAUGUAUUUAUUUGCAGUCUGAAUCUUGGUAUAAAUCAGACAUAACUGACCUGCUCCUGUCUUUAUCCGGGUGUGUUUGGUGUAAUCAGAACUGAACGACUGCAGUAAACAUGUAGACUUAUGUUAUGUAUGUAGACUUGUGGUUUGAUGAUGAAACAUAAUCUGAGCUGCAGUGCUGAGUGAUGAACGACUGGAUUCAUUUGUCUGAGUGUGUGAUGUAAAUCACUGAGUGCUGCUACUGAAUUAUAGUCAUUUAGUUUUUGUUUUAAGUGUUCUAUGCACGCUUGUUUCCAACACCAGCUUUACAGCACUUUGAAGCAUGAAGCUCAACACCACUGACCUGGAUUUCUGUUUAAAAAUGCCAGAUUUGUUGAACAGCUUGUGCAUUAUUUGAUGUUAUAACUGAUUUUCCCUAUGGGAUUAAUAAGGUGAUCUAUCUAUCUAUCCAUAUACAAGCAGUUCAGUGCUGUUUUGUACAAUGGAAGCAGUUUCUAUCACCAGAAGUUAUGUAUUGUCAUGAUACCUAUAAGUCAGUGAGUAAACUCUUUCAAUGUAUUUGUUCCACUACUUUAUCCUGGUCAGGGUCACUGCAGGUCCGGUUUGCAGUAACACACCUCAGACAGAAUGCUAAUCCACCCCCCCCAAUACCCUGAGAUUCAGCGAUUGGCUACUCGAUUAAAAAAUUAAGAUCAUGAAAGGCGCUCAGGAGCACAGUGGUUAAUUUAGUAGCCAAUCACUGGAUCUGGGAAAGGGCGGGGGUGGAUAGGCAUCCUGUCUGAGGUGUCCAGUGUGAAAACAGGACCUGCAGAGCAUCCCUGACCAGGAUAAAGUGGUGGCAAAACAUGAAAAUGAAUCGAAAUUCCAACAAUAUAAAGGUCAUGACCAUUGAGGAAAAUAAUGAUAAUAAAAUUUUAUUAAAUUAAAUUGAACACAAAAUGAUCUUGUACAUGAACGCCCACAUCUUGUAAACCAUAGUGGGACUAGUAUAUUUCGUUUCGUGUUUGGUUUUAAUGCAUUGUUAGUUUGUUUGUUGCCUGGGUAAAAAUCAUGUACAAAAUGUGGGUCGCUUUGAAAAACCCAGAUCUAAAGAACAUGCAAAAGAUCUGCUAUAAAACUUUAGACGUCACAUUAAACAUUUUAAUCUUU